UGUCAAUAAGAGCACCGGUUUAUGAAUCGACAUCUUCGAACAGAUAAUAGUCGAAUCUUUUUCCUUCGUGUACUGCAUGGAUGGCCCAUUGCUGGUUACUACCUCACCACCUCCACCAAUACCGCUACAUUCACUUCUAUUGAAAAGCCGAGAUUCAGUAGAGUUUGGCUCUUACCAAAGACUUCUGUGGAAACUCAAAGACACGCAGAGUUGAAACUGCUUCAAGGCGUCUAAGCAGUUGAAAGGUUUCAAUAAAAGGAGGGCUCAUGCGACCGUCAAUCAUAGGUGAGAUAAAUAUAGUUAUUUAUUGGACUCUUUUUCGAAACAUGACUCUAAUAAGGUCUUCGACGAAGAUUCGUGAGAUAGACUGUUGACUCUUGGAAUCCUCAAAGUAUCCCUAAACCAUUCUGUCCGCAAACAUCAUCUGUACUCGUCUUCUUUUACUUUCUCAAGAAGAAACCCUUCAUCAAAACACACGGGUAUUUGACUAGUCGUUGUUGUGUUACUCUAUCAGUCACUCUACAUAUCUUUGUGCAGUCCUUGUCCAAGAUAAAAUCAAGACUAAAAUAUAUUUCGGAAUCAAUAAACGUCUUUUUUGAAGCAGAAACUUUAUAACGCCUUUGUUCGGACAAGAUCCCCUGAGGUUCAUGGAGCAACAACUUUCGUAGCUAUAAAUGAGUCGUUCUUUAUCGAGUGGAAUCACACGAGUUGACUUUAGAGAAACAUGAUUAACGAACUUGUCCCAUCUUCACUGCAAAAAUGUCUCUAAAAGCAAAACCUUAGCCUCGGUUAUUUCCCAAAAGGAGUUUUCAACUUUGUUAAGCAGCACUGUUGCGGGUCCCGAAUAGGUUCUCAAAGAGUUUCAAGAAGAGUCCUGAUGAGACAAAGUACUAUAGAGAAAUGGUGAGAGAGGCUCAUUGUUUGACUUUCAAA